UGCUGUCCUAUUGGAUUAUUCAUCCCUCCCAUUAGAUCUCAGGUUCCAGAGACCUUGUGGUGGUGAAGGUGUCCUCAGGGCCAACAGGUAGCACACAGAGGAUGGUGGUGACUCGAGCAAUGGGAGGGUAUUGCCAGGGAGAAAAUUAUGUGGGGAGGUCUCCAAACGUUUGUCAAAUGUACUGUACUUACUCUUGUAUUUUGUUACAACUCAGCUUUGAAAAGAGAUGUGUUUAUAUCUAAAGUGACAUGAAGGGACAAGUGACCAACAGUUUGGAGGCCCUCCAGGACAAGCCCAUGGGAGAUAGAUAGGAAAAGAGGACCGGCAUUGAAGAGCAGCAGAUGUGUGCGGUUGCUAAGAGGGACCUAGAAAAGCGGAGGAGCACAGGGAGUGAGGCCAUAGUAGAUCUCUGCUAGGGUGCAAGGGCCACAUGGCAAAGCCCAGAAUAGCACUGAGGAGCCUACUUCUGACGGCGCUAAGGCGCUAAGCCCCGUCUUCCGAGUGCCUCCAGCCACGCCCACGCGCUAAGCCACGCCCUCUAGGUACCCCAGUCUGGAUUCCGGAAACAACGUCAACCUUGAGUACCGCCGGUCCCUGCAGUCUUGUCCUUCCGUCCCUCCAGACACCAGAAGUUCCGCCUCUGAACGGACGUCUUAGCUUGCGAGUCACCGAGUUCGUACUUCUGCGCAGGCGCCCUGAGCCUGUCUUUGGCUUGGCUCUAGCGGAGAGACCGCCCUGCUGUCAUGGCUCCUCCGCCCUUGUCGCUGCCGCUUUGCAUUCUGCCGCCGGGCUCCGGCUCUCCCCGCUUGGUGUGCUACUGCGAGCCGGAGAAUGGUGGAGACGGGGACCGCGACGACUUCAACCUCUAUGUGACGGACGCCGCGGAGCUCUGGAGCACCUGCUUCUCGCCUGACAGCCUGGCGACGCUCAAAGCCCGAUUUGGCCUAAGUGGGACUGAGGAUAUCCAUUCCCGGUUCAGGGCAGCCUGCCAACAGCAGGCAGUGACUGUAAGACUGCAAGAGGACAGAGCAUUGAUGACCCUUUCAGGGGAUACCUCUGCCCUGGCCUUUGACCUCUCCAAGGUACCCAGCCCAGAGGCAGCCCCCAGGCUGCAGGCUUUGACUCUCAGCCUGGCAGAGCAUGUAUGCAACCUGGAGAGGCGGCUGGCAGCCGCAGAAGAGACCGCCACUAGCCCCAGGAAGAGCACCCAGCCAGCAGGCACUCAGUUCUUACCAGAACUUGAUCACCAGAGAGGCAGCUCUGGGUCUGGGGUCAGGAGACGGUGUCCAGGGGAGUCUCUCGUCAACCCUGGUUUCAAAAGUAAGAAACCAGCUGGUGGUGUAGACUUCGAUGAGACCUGAAGCUAGCAAAGCCUGUGUGACCUUGCCAGGAGUCUGUCUGCAAGGAAAGGGGACAUCUAGGACCCCUAACCAGAGACACCCUUUGCUUCACUUCCCCUGUGGUCCUGCUGAUGGGCAAAAGUACCUCUCAUCCCUUCCCCAUCAAAUAAACCACUCCCUUGGGGGGAGAUGCUAGGCCAGA